UCUUUGUAGAGAGAUUCUGCUUCUAUAUGGCUUCCUCUUACGCAUCAUUCUCUACUGUCUUCAAUGGUUUCGCUGCAAACCCACCUCCGAAUUCUUCGGCUUUUCUCGUCCCUUCAUUGAGAUUCUCCACGGGACCAUCAAAAACUCGGAAUCUGGGUAAUGGGGUUUCCCUGAAAUCGUCGAAUAAUCAUAAUUAUCUAGUCAAAUCCAGAAAUGUUGGUGUUUAUGCAAGAGCUGCUGCAGAGAAGACUGUUCACGAUUUCACUGACAUAGAUGGGAAUGAUGUUUCUCUGGACAAAUUCAAAGGAAAACCUCUGUUGAUCGUUAACGUCGCUUCAAGAUGUGGUUUGACAUCAUCAAAUUACUCGGAGCUUUCUCAUCUGUACGAAAAAUACAAGAACCAAGGAUUUGAGAUUCUAGCUUUCCCUUGCAAUCAAUUUGGAGGUCAAGAACCCGGUUCAAACCCUGAGAUCAAGCAAUUUGCUUGCACCCGAUUCAAAGCGGAGUUCCCUAUAUUCGACAAGGUUGAUGUCAAUGGACCAAGCACAGCUCCAAUCUACAAGUUCUUGAAAUCUAAUGCUGGUGGUUUUCUUGGUGAUAUCAUCAAAUGGAACUUUGAGAAAUUCUUGGUUGAUAAGAAGAGCAAAGUUGUCGAGAGAUACCCUCCCACGACUUCUCCUUUCCAAAUCGAGAAGGACAUCCAGAAGUUGCUUGCGGCUUAAAUUUAAUGUUGGCAUAUGUGGAUAAAUAGAGAGAAAGAGAUACAAUUGCUAGUUCAUCAACCGGCAAGUGGUACAAAUUUCCAGGUUAUUUAUUGUUGGUAUACCAGAAAUUGAGAUGAACAUGUAAACCCUUUCUUUCUGUAACGGAAAUAAAAUUAUAUAUAUGAU